AUCAUGAUGUACUCGGUUACAUGACUUGAUCAGAUCUAGUCCUUCUAUUUAGCUCGAGCGUUGUAAAAUGUUCUACGUGAUUGGUCUUGGUCUCUGCGAUGAGAAGGACAUCACCGUCCGCGGAUUAGAAGCAGUCAAAUCCUGUUCUCGGGUCUACCUAGAGGCCUACACGUCCAUCCUGAUGGUGAACAAGGACCGCCUCGAAGCCUUCUACGGCAAGUCGCUCAUCCUUGCAGAUCGCGACAUGGUAGAGCUCGAGAGCGACGAGAUCCUGCGCGAUGCAGCAACUGAAAACGUCGCAUUUCUAGUCGUUGGCGAUCCAUUUGGCGCGACGACUCAUACAGAUUUGCUGCUCCGAGCUCGCGAUCUUCAGAUCCCCACUCAGAUCAUCCAUAAUGCAUCUAUCAUCAAUGCAGCGGGAUGCUCGGGGCUCCAGCUCUACAAUUUUGGGCAGACCGUAUCCCUCGUCUUCUUUACAGACACAUGGAAACCAGACUCGUUCUACGACCGCAUCGCAGAGAACGCGAAGUUUGGGCUACAUACCCUGGUACUUCUUGAUAUAAAGGUCAAGGAACAAAGCGAAGAGAAUCUAGCAAGAGGAAGAAAAAUAUACGAGCCGCCACGAUACAUGUCCAUUCUUACUGCCGUGAACCAGCUUCUCGAGAUCGAAAGCAUUAGAAAAGAGGGCAUCCUUGAUGGCGAUUCGACGCUCGCUAUUGCAUUAUCGCGCGUGGGAGGCGUGCCCUGCGGCGAAGAAUCGUCAGAUGAUAAUGACGGUGCUCAACGCAUCGUGGCAGGGACUCUCUCGGAUUUGCAAGCCCAACCAGAGUCUGUGUUUGGAAAACCACUUCACAGCCUCGUUAUCGCUGGGAAGAAGUUGCAUGAAAUGGAGGCAAUUUAUGCAGGCGCAUUUGCUGUUAAUCAGGAGAACUGGAAUCGGAUAGCAAAGAAAAUAUCGUAAGGUCAAAGAAUUAUAGCGAACGAUAUAUUAUAGGCCUUUCUGAAUUGAUCGAUUUUCAUGAUU